AUUCUGAGUGGCGGAGAGGAAGAGGACCAGUUGGAGUCCGCAUCCCUGUGCACUGGCUGCCGCAGGGCCCAGCAAGCAGGUGGAGCUCAGCUUCCCACGGAGCAUUGGGCGGUGGACCGCAGUGACGCGGCCUGAGACAUGGCGGCCACGCGCCUCUGAGGCCGCAGAACCCGAGCCUCCAGCUGCGGGAGCUAAGCCUUGACCAUGCAGCUUGGCUGCUGACUGCCCGGGCGCGUGGCCGGAGGAUCCCGGCUGCGGUCAUUACCUUGCAGCCUCUAUGCUGCAGGGUGUAUUCCUCCCAUAUUCCAUGUAUUCCUCCUCAGUGCUUCCGGCCGUGUAGCAGCCGCUGCCGGCCGGGCCGCAGGGCUCUCUGCCUAUUCAUCAGACACUUUUCUUUUCCGUUUCUAUUUCCAUUCCUAUUUGCUUCUCCUUUUCCCUCUGCUUUGCGUCUAUCUCCGCCACCCCGCUAUGGCCGCAGAAGAGGCUCUGAAGACGGUAGACCAAUAUAAGACUGAAAUAGAGAGACUGACCAAGGAGCUCACAGAAACGACCCAUGAGAAGAUCCAGGCUGCGGAGUAUGGGCUGGUGGUGCUGGAGGAGAAACUGACUCUCAAGCAACAGUAUGACGAGCUGGAGGCCGAAUAUGACGGCCUCAAACAAGAGCUGGAGCAGCUCAAAGAGGCAUUUGGGCAGUCCUUCUCUAUUCACCGUAAAGUGGCUGAGGAUGGAGAGACUCGGGAGGAAACACUUCUUCAGGAGUCUGCAUCCAAGGAAGCUUACUAUCUAAACAAGAUCUUGGAGAUGCAGAAUGAGCUGAAGCAGAGCCGGGCUGUGGUUACAAAUGUCCAGGCAGAAAAUGAGAGGCUCUCGGCUGUUGUACAGGAACUGAAAGAGAACAAUGAGAUGGUGGAGCUACAGAGAAUACGAAUGAAAGACGAAAUCCGAGAAUAUAAAUUCCGGGAGGCUCGACUCCUUCAGGAUUACACAGAAUUGGAAGAAGAAAAUAUCACAUUGCAGAAACUAGUGUCCACAUUAAAGCAGAACCAGGUUGAAUAUGAAGGCUUAAAGCAUGAAAUUAAGCGAUUUGAAGAAGAAACAGUAUUGCUGAAUAGCCAACUAGAAGAUGCCAUUCGACUGAAAGAGAUUGCAGAGCAUCAGUUGGAAGAAGCCCUUGAAACACUGAAGAAUGAAAGAGAGCAAAAGAACAACCUGAGGAAGGAGCUGUCCCAGUAUAUCAACCUCAGUGACAACCACAUCAGCAUCUCAGUAGAUGGGCUCAAGUUUGCUGAGGAUGGAAGUGAGCCAAACAACGAUGACAAGAUGAACGGGCAUAUCCAUGGGCCUCUUGGGAAACUGAAUGGAGACUAUCGUACUCCCACUACCAGGAAAGGAGAGUCUCUACAUCCCGUGUCUGACUUAUUCAGUGAGUUGAACAUUUCAGAAAUUCAGAAAUUGAAGCAGCAGCUUAUUCAGGUAGAGAGGGAAAAAGCUAUUCUUCUGGCCAACCUCCAGGAGUCACAAACCCAGCUAGAACACACCAAGGGAGCACUGACAGAGCAGCAUGAGCAAGUACACCGGCUCACAGAACAUGUCAAUGCUAUGAGGGGCCUGCAGAACAGCAAAGAGCUCAAGGCUGAGCUAGAUUGUGAGAAGGGCCAGAACUCAGCAGAGGAAGCCCAUGACUAUGAGGUGGACAUCAAUGGCUUAGAGAUCCUUGAGUGCAAAUAUAGAGUGGCCGUCACGGAAGUCAUUGAUUUGAAAGCAGAAAUUAAGGCCUUAAAGGAAAAAUAUAAUAAAUCUGUAGAAAAUUAUACAGAAGAAAAGACCAAAUAUGAGAGUAAGAUCCAAAUGUAUGAUGAGCAAGUGACAAACCUUGAGAAGACAUCUAAGGAGAGUGGUGAGAAGAUGGCCCACAUGGAGAAGGAGUUGCAAAAGAUGACUGGCAUAGCCAACGAAAAUCACAACACUCUCAAUACAGCCCAGGAUGAGUUGGUGACAUUUAGUGAGGAACUAGCCCAGCUUUACCACCAUGUGUGUCUAUGUAAUAAUGAAACUCCCAAUAGAGUCAUGUUGGACUACUAUAGACAAAGCAGAGUUACUCGAAGUGGCAGCCUCAAGGGGCCUGAUGAUCCCAGAGGGCUUUUGUCACCAAGAUUAUCCAGGAGGGGUGUGUCAUCCCCUGUAGAAUCAAGGACAUCAUCUGAACCAGUUUCAAAGGAAAACACAGAGACUAGUAAAGAGCCAAGUCCAACUAAGACUCCCACGAUCUCUCCUGUUAUUACUGCCCCACCGUCAUCUCCAGUUUUGGAUACAAGUGAUAUCCGCAAAGAGCCAAUGAAUAUCUACAACCUCAAUGCCAUAAUCCGGGACCAAAUCAAGCAUCUACAGAAAGCAGUGGAUAGGUCCGUACAGCUGUCUCGUCAAAGAGCAGCAGCCCGAGAGUUGGCCCCCAUGAUCGAUAAGGACAAGGAAGCUUUAAUGGAAGAGAUUCUCAAGCUGAAGUCCUUGCUGAGCACCAAACGAGAGCAGAUUGCCACUCUGAGAGCAGUGCUGAAAGCCAAUAAGCAGACAGCUGAAGUGGCUUUAGCUAACCUGAAGAACAAAUAUGAAAAUGAAAAGGCAAUGGUUACUGAAACAAUGACAAAACUGAGGAAUGAGCUAAAGGCUUUGAAAGAAGAUGCUGCAACCUUCUCAUCCCUGAGAGCAAUGUUUGCAACAAGAUGCGAUGAAUAUGUCACACAGUUGGAUGAGAUGCAGAGACAGUUAGCAGCUGCAGAAGACGAGAAGAAGACUCUAAACACUUUAUUGCGAAUGGCUAUCCAGCAAAAGCUCGCCCUGACACAGAGGCUGGAGGACUUAGAGUUUGACCAUGAGCAGUCCCGACGGAGCAAAGGCAAACUUGGAAAGAGCAAGAUCGGCAGCCCUAAAGUAAGUGGGGAGGCGCCAGCCACCGUGCCUACCAUAGACACUUACCUCCUGCAUAGUCAGGGCCCACAGAUCCCUACCAUUCGGGUCAGCAGUGGCACUCAGAGGAAAAGACAAUUUUCACCUUCCCUUUGUGAUCAGAGUCGUCCCAGGACUUCAGGGGCUUCCUACCUACAGAAUUUAUUAAGAGUUCCCCCUGAUCCCACCUCCACAGAAUCAUUUCUUCUGAAGGGUUCCCCUUCCAUGAGUGAACUCAUCCAAGGGCAUCGGCUCAGCAAGGAAAAAAGGUUAACCGUGGCUCCACCAGCAAAAAGAGAUUGUCAGCAGCCUGCUGCCUCCGUACCGCCACAGUGCUCACAACUAACUGGGAGGCAAGACUACCCAACUGUCAGUCCGGACAUUGCCCUCAGUAAGGAGCAGCCACAUUCCAGCUCACAGUGUGCACCUCUUCAUUGUCUCUCCAAGCCCCCAUACCCCUAGUUCUCAUCUCUCAAGGAUGAAUAUCUGGACUGAAGGAUUUUAGCCACAGUGAGGGCACUGCCUAAGAUCUAGCAGGUGUUUUCUUCUUGAAUGUUACAUGUCCAUGUGGAUUCCAGUCCACCAUUUUUGAAGAGGAGAGUUCAGAAGAAUAAAAUAAAAACUCUCGUGUGAUCAAUUUAUGGUUUCUCUGAAUCACAGAUGACCUGCAAUCAAAUGACAACAAUUCACUUGAAACUGAAAUGGAACACAUAUUUCAGAUAGCUGGCUUCACCUCCAUAGCAUAAAAGAGAUCCAAGACAAUGUAAAAUAGAUAUGUUGUAAAAUCAUCUUUCCCUAUACUCCAAAGUCAGCUAUAGAUGUUGGUUUUUAAUAUUUUUCAUUGAUACUUAUUUUAUAUUUUAUUUGCUGUAUGGUUUAUGUUUAUAAAGAUAAUUUCUGUAAGCAGAAUUCAUUUAUUUUUAAUGAAUCAUAAUUUACUCAGUUAUUUAAAGUUUAAUUUAGUUUAAAAAUCUGAAACUGGCCAGAUUCUGGUCCUUUUUCUUGCAGAAAAUUACAAACGAGGUGCAUCAGAAUGUUAACAAUAACUAUUUUGCUGCUACAUGAAUAUUCUUUAUGCAGUUAUUUUCUAAUCAGCAACUCAUUGUCAGUUAUUUUUUUUUAACUAGAGUUCUUCACUAAACAUUUAUUAAGUAAAUUUAAGAAAGAGGCAAAGCUAUGAUUCAUUGACUUAAUCAAGUUUUGAAGGUAUCUUUAAUUUUUUUAAAAUUGCAGUUGAGUAGAUAGAUAUAUUGGUGCUGCUCCUGUGUGUGUGUGUGUGUGUGUGCGCGUGUGCGUGUGCGUGUGUGUGGUCGUAUUAAAGAAGGUCAAAUUACUUGAAGGAAAGAAAUGGUGUGCUUAUUUAAUGACCACAAAUUUUAUAAACUUUUCCAAAUUUAGGGUCUUACUAUGGGUUUCCCACUAAAAGGGAUCACAAUAAAUACAUAUAUAUAUAUAUAUACAUAUAUAACUGUAAGGUAGCCUUGGCUAGUUAAUUUAUGCAGAAAGUGUAUGUUUUGUUGUUUAUUUUCUUUUUCCACAAUGAAUCUUCCUUGCCAAAAAUAAAAAAAAAAAAAAAAUAGAUAGCUAACCUUAGCUCAUUGUCUACUUUUAACAAACACUCAGGUGCCUACAGUCAUGUUAUAUUGAGAUAAGACAUGUUCCUACUUAAUUUACAGAUUCUGCUAGGUAAUUUUAUGACUUUAUUUAAGGCAAUAGAAUUUCAUAGAAAAAUUUAGUUUUUGCAUUAUUGAGAAAACAAGGACAACAGCUAAUUGAGCUGUAAGGUCUAACUUGGAUUCCUCAGUUCUCAAGUGCUGCCCACAUAAUUGCGCCUAACCCUGACUCCUUGUCUUUGUCAGGUAGCCUUAACUUACAUAAAACCAUAAAGGUUUUAUUUUUUCAUGUAACAGUAUCUUUAACUUCUCUUCAAAACAGAACUAGUCCUCACUGUUAGCAAAAAAAAAAAUAUGACUAGUAUUGUAGGACACCAACAAUGGCUAUUUGAGAGCUACCCAGCUUGUGGAAGGGAAGAUGUGGUAUGUUUAUGGAGUAGUCCACCUACGGUCAGCUGUCAGCCACAAAGCACAUUGCAGAAAUGUUUUUUAUUUGUUAUAUUCCUGUUGAGUACCAGUCAUAGUUACCAAAGCAACGGAAAGAUUUUGUGUUCUUUAUCGGAUUAAUAAUAAACCCUAUGGAACUUCUCAUCAAUCAGAAUCCCCACAUAGUUGUCCAUCUGUAUUGCUUGGUUGUUCCUAUACAUUUCCCUCACUUAUUGGUAUUAAGUCUACCUGGUGCCAAUAUUAGUAAAACAGUACAGAUUUUUGUGAGAGUUCAAUUAAAGACAACUUCUUUGUUCUUUCUUUUCUUUUUUCCCCUUUGCUAAGCAUGAUUCAAAACCCAAGAAGUGUCAGAAUUACUAAAUUAAUUUUGUACCUGAGGAAAUAAAUACCUCAGAACAAGUUGUAUCUUUGGACUGGGAACUCAACACUGGAUCUCUUCUCUGUGUAAGCACUGUUGACAUAGCUGCAUUGUGUUUGUGAAUAGAGUUCACUUCUUCCAAUAUGAAAUUUAUCACUUUCUGUUAUAAACUAUUUUUAUUUUAGUUGUGUAUUUAAAUAUAGUGG